CAUUGUUCUUGGAGGCCAUUUCGAUAGAAGCCAUUUUCAGAGUCGCACGGAAAAAAUUAUAAAUCGCCAAAAAAGCUUUUCGCCUGUGAAAAAAUCAAGAAAAAAGCACACUUUAAACCAGAUAUAUUGCAAAAAUAAAGAAAACCACCAUGAUGGACAAAAUUGAAAUGAGUUUAGAUGAAAUUAUCAGCAAGACAAAGGGACCACGCCAACAAAAGGGAAAGGGUAACUCUGGCCAACAAAAGAGAGCCCCUUUCAAGGCGGGCGGACGCGCAAAUGGCGGAGGACGCGUUCAAAAGCGCCGAGGUGGUGGUGCUGGCGGUGUUAGUGGUGGUCGUCCUCGGUUUCCUCGGGGAGAUGUGAAUAGCACAUGGAAGCACGAUAUGUUUGAUGGCCCACGGAAGAAUCGUAUUGGAUCACAAGGACCGACCAAAUUACUCAUUUCAAAUUUGGACUUUGGUGUCAGUGAGUCGGAUAUCAAAGAAUUGUUCAGCGAAUUCUCAACGACAGGACCAUUAAAGGGACAUUCUGUACAUUACGAUCGAUCUGGAAGAUCCUUGGGUACGGCUGAUAUUGUUUUUGAACGAAGAGCUGAUGCAUUGAAAGCAAUGAAGACAUACAAUGGCGUUCCAUUAGAUGGUCGACCCAUGAGCAUUCAAAUUGCCACGUCUGAAGUGGCACCAGCACUUGCGCGUGCUGUAAGAACUGCUGCUCCAGCACGCCGUAACACAGGAGGAAGAGGUGGAUUCCGCGGAAAACGUGAAACUUCAGCUAAACGUGGCGGUCGGGGAAGCGGCGCAGGAGGUGCUCGACGUCAAGCACCAACAGUCGAAGAAUUGGAUGCCGAACUGGAUGCAUAUACUAAAGAUAUGAAAAUAUAAGCUAAUUCAUGACGAUUUCUAGAAUAAUGAAAUAUUAAUAUUUAAGUGAUGUUUGUUUUUUUCAACAAGACCACUAAA